CGCGCGCUCCUCGCACUUGUCCGACUGAUACAGUGAGCUCUACCUACACCCACUCCACUCCACUCGUGUAACACGCCUCCUCUGACUGUGGUCAAACGCUGCUGUUGUGACAGACAGACAGAAAGAAAGAAAAAGAAGGAGAAGCAGGGAUCCGGGUCUGAUCAGCGCAGACGGAGCGCUGAGAGGAGGAAGAGCUCAGUCCUGAAUUAAAUCAUUCACGGCUAAAUGGAUCUUUGAGACUCUCCCUUGACUGACGCAGUGAACCGCUGCUCUGUGCAAAAAGCAAACACUGGGAUUCUUUCGUUUUUUUUCUUUUCUUUUUUUUUUGUACACGUUUCAUGUGCUGAGGUCGAACAGAGAGAAGACGAAGAAAACAAAACACACGAAACAUUUCCCCCUGUCUCUUUGAAAAUGCCCUGCUGUGCUCGAGGUGACAUACAGUGAGUGAGCUGCCAGCUCGAGGAGAAAGAAGCUCCUGCUCCGGGAUCGUCAAGCAGAGUUCAAGACAAGAACCUCCAGAACAUCCGUACAGCUGGAAGACACCAGGGAUGCUCUCUCUCGCUGAGCACUUGAGCCUGGACUACAGAGGUUAUUCCUCCAUGCACACGAGGGAGACGCAGCGAGGAGGACAAUUGCAGAAAAAAUAAGAUGAGAUCAUUAAAUGAUGGUAACCUCUAAGGAGAUAAGCACAAGCCAACCUGAGGUGGUGAAAGCUCUUUUAGACCACACCGCCACAACUUCACUGCAGAAACACCUUAAUGAAAGAAAAUCAGUAUAAAGGCAUAUACUCCACAUUUUUCUGACUGUUACAUGGUGACAACACCAUCCAUCAAUGAAGAGGAGGCUAAUAAAAGGACUGUUUCUGGCCCUGAAAACAGUUAAACACCUAGCUAUUUUUCCAACAGGAUCAUCUCAGCUGUACUAAAACCACAGCGGCAUCACCCCCUUAUCAUUUUCUGGCCCUGCACAUUACUCUCAGUGAAGCACCAAUGGCCUGCAGCUUAGGCAUGGUGAUGAGUGCCUUGUUUUGGUCUGUAGCCAUUGUAUAUUUUACUCAUGUUGGCAGAGUCAGAGGAGACUGCUGGUUAAUUGAGGGUGAAAAGGGCUUUGUAUGGCUUGCAAUUUGUAGCCAAAACCAACCACCUUAUGAGGCCAUCCCACAGCAUAUCAAUAGCACCAUUGUGGACCUUCGUUUGAAUGAAAACAAAAUCAAAAGCAUCCAAUAUUCUGCUCUUAGCCGCUUUGCCAACUUGACCUACCUGAACCUGACAAAGAAUGAAAUCUCCUACAUAGAGGAUGGGGCCUUUUCUGCUCAAUUUAACCUGCAAGUCCUUCAAAUGGGCUUCAACAAGUUGAGGAACCUGACAGAGGGAAUCCUCAGGGGUUUAGGAAAGCUGCAAUACCUCUACCUCCAGGCAAACCUGAUAGAGACUGUGACACCCAAUGCCUUUUGGGAAUGCCCCAACAUAGAGAACAUUGACCUGUCUAUGAACCGUAUCCAGCAGUUAGAUGGGUCCACGUUUACGAGUCUAACUAAACUGACCACCUGUGAGCUGUACACCAACCCUUUCAACUGCUCGUGUGAAUUAUAUGGUUUUGUCAAAUGGCUCUCAGUUUUCCCAAACAGGACAAACGAGCGGAUGGCCUGCAACUCUCCACCGGGCGUCUCUGGUUAUAGUUUACUGAGCCAGAAUCCAAACAAUCCAACAUAUCGAAAUGCGCUUCACAUGCUCACAACGGUGUGUACUGAUGAUAAUGUGACAACAUUUAUUGCUCUGCCCACUGAGUCACCAACACCCCCACCAGACGCAACACUUUGUGGGCUGGAAGAUUGUCCAUCAGGCACUGAGCCUGAUGACAUUACCAUCAGUUCAACCUACAGCAGUGUGGAAGUCACUCCUCUGAUGAAAGUGAAGCAAGUGUCGAAUACAGGCGCCGUCAUCACAGUUCAGAUUCCUAAUCCUUUCAAAAAGAUGUACACCCUUGUUCUGUACAACAACAGUUUCUUCACAGAUAUCCAAACUCUUGCCGAAGAAAAGAAGGAUAUUGAGCUGAAAAACCUUAAACCCCAUACCAACUACACGUACUGUGUCGCUUCAGUGCGUAACUCUCUAAGACACAACCACACCUGUCUGACAGUCACUACUGGCCCUCGUAUUGAAAAUGACAGAGCUGUAAAUAACGCAACCGCUACUCAUUACAUCAUGACAAUCUUAGGCUGCCUCUUCAGCAUGGUGAUUUUUCUCGGGGUGGUCUACUACUGUUUGCGAAGAAAGCGUCAGCAAGAUGAAAAGCACAAAAAAUCAAGCAGCCUGAAGAAAAAUAUCAUGGAACUCAAAUAUGGUCAAGAACUGGAAGGGGGGAAUAUUUCUCGAAUGUCUCAGAAGCAGUUGUUGGCUGGGGAGAGUAUGGCACGCAUGCCAUAUUUACCAUCCGCCGGGGAAAUGGAGCAAUACAAAUUUCAAGAGAUAAGUGAAACUCCUAAAAUGAUGAAGGGAAAUUACAUGGAGGUGCGCAGUGUGGACCACCAUGAACGCAGGGAAUGUGACAUGGGAAUGGCUGGGAACAGCCAAGGAUCCGUGGCAGAAAUUUCCACCAUUGCAAAAGAGGUGGAUAAAGUUAACCAGAUAAUUAACAACUGCAUUGAUGCUCUUAAGUCGGAAUCCACCUCUUUCCAAGGGGUGAAAUCUGGAGCAGUGUCCACAGCAGAGCCUCAGCUCGUACUUUUAUCCGAACACCCACAGAAUAAAUCUGGCCUUCUGUCCCCAGUAUACCAGGACAGCUAUCACCACUCUCUGCAGAGGCAUCGGACCUCUAAUGUCUCACCAAAGAGGCCCAGUACUGCCACAGGAGGGCCCAUGCGAAGCCCCAGGCCUUAUCGCUCUGAAUCCAAGUACAUAGAAAAAACCUCCCCAACAGGAGAGACCAUCCUCACUGUCACACCUACUGCCAACAUGCUGAGGGCCGAAGCGGAGAAGAUCCGUCAAUACAGUGAUCACCGGCACUCGUAUCCCGAUGCUCAGAUAGAGGAGCUUGAAGGACCCGAUGGUCACAAAUCCUCUAUGUUGGAGCCUCUUACCCACUCCCGCUCCAGAGACUUAGCAUAUUCCCAGCUGUCAUCUCAGUAUCACAACCUCAGCUACUCCUCCAGUCCUGAGUACUACUGCAAACCUUCACACAGCAUCUGGGAGCGUUUCAAACUCCACCGGAAACGGCACAAAGACGAGGAGUACAUGGCUGCAGGGCAUGCACUGCGUAAGAAAGUCCAGUUUGCUAAGGAUGAGGACCUGCAUGACAUUUUAGACUACUGGAAAGGUGUGUCAUCUCAACAAAAACCAUAAACCUCUUUAGGUGUUUUUAAAAUCAAUGGACCACACGUUGCAGAAAUGACACAAGAACUUCAUGUGACAAUUGAAUCAAUGGAACCAUAUUAUAUCCAACUACUCACACGUGUGUAUAAAAAUCCUUUCCUUUUUUUGACUGUGAGAAUAAUGGGGUAAACAUUCUUUGAAUUUGUCAUAUUAUGUAAAGCAUCCGAAGGGAAAACUUUUAUCUAUUAAAGAGAAAAUAUAUAUUGCAAAUUAAUAAUAUAUAUGUUACAAUGGAUUAUGGGUUUUUGGGUAUCGCAUGGCCAAGUCCUGUGACAGUGGAUUUGCUGUUGUGUAAUAUGAAACUACUUUAUGAAGAUAUGUCUGAUGAAACCUCAAUAUUUUCUGAUGAACUAUCUGGACCUUUCAUUUGGGAAAGAACUUUUUGUUUUUAAUUCCCGCCCCAAACUAUGUACAGAUAUGGGUUUCUAUAUUUGCAUUGUUUGCUGUGUAAAUGGAAACAUAUUAGUGGAUGAGCCAGGUUUAUCAGAUGGAGCGCUGUCGAGUUAGAGUGUUGUGUUGCUAAGAAUGGCAUGUCCCACUUGAGACCUGUGAAUUUUUUAACCUUCACCACCUGUUGUGUUUUUUUAAUUACUCUCAUUCUUCUCCGAGCUUUUACAGAAGAUACAGAUGGAUUCAGUUUUAAAGUCCCCCUUUGUCACUCAACACAAUUAUCACUGGACGGUUUCCUGGAAGACUUGUUACAUUACGAGUUGCGGCACAUCACGUGCUGCAAUAAAGCUCCGUCAUCGGUUUAGCGAACCUCCAUUUGUAUCUUUAGAACCAAAGUAGAACAAGCUGAAAUGUUUACACUUAUCUCUGCACGGUCUGCGAAUCGUACAGCAGUCGGUCCAUGUCGACCUUCUCUUUUUUUAUUGUAUCAGUUACUUCUUUAAAAGGUGAACAACAUUGGGUAACAAUAACAUCCACACACACACACACACAACGUGGUAUUGAAAGCGUAUUAUUAAUCACUCAAACUUUGAAAGGAAAGCAGCUGUACUUCGUCGCCUGUUCUUCAGGUGAACGGCUGCUCUUCUCUGCAGGAGAGCCCGAUGGAUGAAUGUAACAGAUACAUAUUCUGAUCUGUCUAUGGCAGCUUUUAUGUAUAUUUUCAAGGAAGUAUUUAUUUAUUGCAAUUGCUGACUGUUUGUUUUUAUUGUUCUUUGCUUUAAUAUUUCUUCCAGUGUAUUAUAUUGCAUAAUAUUCGAUCAGAUUAAUGGAGGAGAGCAGUUUGUUAUUCAGCUGGGCCUCGUUGCUUGCUGAGAGGUAUCAUUUUCAUUUUUAACUGCUAGGCCGUUAAAUCUUUUGUAUAUUAUGAAAGCUGCGUACCAGACGAAUAUCAACAUGCUAGAGUAAAAUUUGAGAAUGUGAAACUGAAUCCUCUGACUCACUGGCUGUGAAUUUGUACAACAUGACUUCUUUUUUUUAACAAAAAAAUAAAUAUAUAGAAGACUUAA